AUGCAAACACCUACACCUCCUCCCGCUGUUGCGACUGCACCACUCUUCCGUGAACUGGAAGAGCGCACAGCCAACCACCGUGUCCACUGUGAUGAGCACACAGUGAACACUGUGGCAAGUGCGGUGCACGCAAUUCGGAAAUGCACUGAGGAGCUUGCAUACCAAGACACGUUAAAGGCUGAGAAUCGUAAGGUGAAAGAGGAAUUCCGCGACCUCUUCCCUGAUGAUAUACCCCACCUCGAUGAACUCCCCACUAAUGUCUACCACCAAUUUCUACUCAAAGACCCCAACAUGUUCAUUCAACAUCGACAGUAUGACUGCCCCAAAAAGUACCGCAAAGCUUGGAAGCAACUCCUCGAUGGGCACCUCCGCACUGGUCAUAUGCGUCCUUCCGACAGCCCAUAUGCUUUGCCUGCUUUCCUCAUACCGAAGUCUGACCCCACAGCUCUCCCACGCUGGGUUAAUGACUAUCACGCACUCAAUGCCAACAUGGUCCCUGAUAUGCACCCUCUCCCGCUUAUCAGUGACAUUCUGGCCGAUUGCACAAAAGGUAAAAUCUGA